CGCGGAUUUCGUGUACUUACUACUCGCAAGUCGUCACAGAUAAUGUUUUAUUUAAACAUUCUGAGCAGUUCAGAAAAUGAAUAACUUAUUCGUUUUACUUCUGUCUGGUUGGAUAUAAAUUAUUAUUAUUCAAUAUAUUAGCUAACCAUUCACAUGCCUACUCCACAUAUGUCAAGGGCAACAUCAGGACCAUCUCCUGGAUAUACCGCAGGUGAUGAAAUUUGUGAUGUAUCUUGUCCGAUUGACUGGGAUACAAAUGUAGUGAAUUUUAUUUCAACUUGCUUGCAUCCUGGUCUAGUCCGACGAACUUCAUCGAGUACUACGUAUGGUCUCGAUAAACCAAAUCACUUUAGACGUCAGCACCGUCGAAAUCUGUCUACAGCUACAACCGUUGGAUUUGGUCGUUAUCCUGAUCAUCAAAUCGCUAGUCGAAUUCCAUAUUCCAAUGCUCUCAAUCAUCCAAAUGAUCAUCAAGCCUCUCCAUCAUAUUAUUCUAAACGUAUUUUGGGCCAUGCACGCAAUAUCAGUGAUCCUACGUCUGGUUGGGAUUUCCGUAUUGUCACAAAACCUCUUAUUCUUGACCAGUUAACUGAAAGACCAUCUUAUAAUUGGGAUGAUUCUGUCGAACAAAACCUAGUUGUGUCAGGUGAACAUAAAAUUCCAGCUACUUCACUCAUUCCUGAAACUAAACCCGAAGCUUAUCCCUGUUUAACACCUCCGCGUUUAUCUGAUGAUGCUACAUUGGAAAAAUCGUUUGUAUGUACUCGUGAUACAGAAACUCACAUGACAACAAUUGUAAAGAAUGAUGACACGGCUUGUUUAUGCCCUUGUCUACAAACAUGUGCUAGUCCGCGUGUUGUGUUAGUCGGAUUAUGUCUAACUAUGUUUAUGCAAACUAUGGUUGUAUCUGGUUUAAUGAGUAGUAUGUUCACUACACUGGAAAGAAGAUUUAAUUUAACUAGCCGACAAAUUGGCUAUAUGAUUAGCGUUUAUGAAGUAGCCGGCGUCAUAACCACAGUGAUUGUUAGCUUUAUUAGUGGGCAAAAGCAUAAUCGAUUACGUUUCAUUGGUUUGGCGACAUUGAUCUUGGCUCUUGGGUUCGGAUUAUUUACAUUGCCUCACUUUUUAGCCGGUCCCUAUAGACCAAAUCUACUGACUACUGGUGAUAAUAAUACUGCUAUUAGUAUUAGUACUGACGAUAUGCUCAUGCAUUCCUCUCUGUCAUCUGCCUUUCCUAUCGAUCAAGAUUCAGAAAAUUCGAUUCAGUUGGAUGGACCACUGUGUAUUGAUCAGUCUCGACAUACGGUUGCACAAAAUGUUGUUAUCACUCCAUUUAAUAAUCAAAUUAAUGUUAGUGAUCCAAUUAUUCGUGCUGCUUCACUUACUACCACCGAUAAAUUUAAUAAUAAUAAUAAUAAUAAUAAUAAUGAAUCAUUGAGUACAGGAUUUAUAGACAGUAAUGCUAUUGUCCAAUCUGUUCUCUUUCCAACUUUUUGUAUUGCAAUGCUGUUAGCCGGAAUCGGGGCUAGUCCUUUGUAUGUUUUAGCUCCAACUUAUUUAUGGGAUAAUUUAACAGAUCGCCAGUAUCCAAUAUAUGCAGCUUUAUUCUAUAGUGCUGGUGGGCUGGGUCCUGCAUUUGGUUUCCUUGCUGGUGCAGGUUUCUUAAGUAUUUACAUUGAUUCACCAUUUAUGCUGCCUGAAACUGGUUUAGAUCGUAAUAAUCCAUUAUGGCUUGGUGCUUGGUGGCUUGGUAUGCUUGUUUGUGCUGUAUUGACUUUUUUCGUUGCAUUACCUGUGAUAUGUUUACCUAAACAACUUACAGUUAUUAAAAACAAUGAUAACAAUACAAUUUCAAAUGAUGAAAUGGAAGAUAACGAUAAGACCAAUUGUUCUUCGACAAUUCAACAUAAUAAUUAUAAUAUUUACAAUCAAAAUACAAAUGACAACAAUAAUGUAAAUUUAUCUUAUAUAAAAUCAUCAGACAAUUUGCCUAAUUUAAAUAAACAAUUUAACCAGCCACCACCAUUGACUGUAACCACAACUAUUACUGGUCCAGUUGUUAAUACUGUGACAGAUGUUAAAACAUCAACAUCAAGUCACUUGAUCGAUAUAACAUCAUCAACAUCAUCAUCAUCAAAUAAUCGCAUUGUUCAAUAUCCAAGUCUAGAAGAGUUUAAACAACAACGAAAUAAUGUUGAUUUAUGCAAGACAACAACUCAAUCUUCUUCUAUUCCUCCUCUUCAUGAAUCACCAUCUCCUUACAUCAGUCAUUCAGUAGUAGUUAAUGGUGAUGGGACCACUGUGACCGCUACAAAUGCACACCUUUAUUCUUCACAGUCAAAUACUAGUGGUGGUCAUUAUGAUGCAUCGAAUUGUAAUACUUUUAAAGUAGUCAAUAGUAGUAUAGUUGGUGAUGGUCAACAAACUGGCAAUUUAGAAAACUCCAUAAAAACAUCCUUGAAUAAUAAUAAUAAUAAUAAUCCAUUUUGUGAAAAUCAAACUAAAAUCAAAUCAAAAAUAAAAGCUUCAUAUCUUGUUGUACGUCGUGUAUUAACAAAUCCUAUCUGGUUAGGUGUAACGCUGAGUACUGUUGUGGAACAAUCAAUUGUUGCGGCAUUUUUAACAUUCGCUGCUAAAUACAUACAAAUUUUAUUUCAUAUACCAGCUUAUCUAGCUAGUAUUCAUACUGGUGCUGUGAUAGUUCCAAGUUCAUUAUUAGGCGUUCUAUCUGGUGCUUUAUUAAUGCGUCAUUUUCGACCAACAUUACAUCGUACUUUAUCUGGUUUAUGUAUUAUGAUAGCGUUAACUGUCAUAACAAGUAUCAGUCUAAUGUCAAUUGGUUGUCAUUCUAGUCGAGUAGCAGGUAUAACAGCUACAUAUAAUGGAGAAAAUUGGCCUUGGAAAAAUGGUCCAGGUUUUUUAAUACCACCAAAUUUAACAGCACCAUGUAAUCAAUUUUGUUAUUCUUCUACUGAUCGUUUAAAAAAAAUUGGUCAUUCUCAUUAUUCACAACGUUAUGAAUCACAAUGUUCAAUUACACAUUAUAAUCCUGUUUGUUGGACUGCUAUAACUACUACUACUGCUGCUCGUAGUAGAAGUUCUAAUGGUAAAAAAAAGACAAAUAAUCAAAUGACAUGUCAUAGUAGUGUUGUUGGUAGUAACGUUAAUGAUCCUGGUAGUUCAAAUGUUAAUGAUAAUGAUGAUGAUGACUGUGAUGAUAUUGAAUCAUUAACUUUUUUCAAUCCUUGUUUUGCUGGAUGCAGAACACGUGUUUUAGAAGCUGGAGUUGUAAAGAAAUAUUCUGAUUGUCAAUGUGUAACUCCGUCCGCACUUAAUCCAUCUGGUCUACUCUCAUCAAUAUCAUCAUCUUAUUCAUCAGCAUCACAGCCAUUGCCAUCAUCAACAAUGGGAAUAAAUAAUGAAUUCUUAUUGGUCAAUAAUUCUGGUGAAGUUUACCCUGGUCGAUGUAAACUAAAAUGUACAUUGUAUGGUUUAUUUUUAGCCAUGUUAUUCUUACAUAUUCUUUGUACUGGUAUCUUACAAAAUCCAAGCAAUGUGAUUACAUUGAGUUGUGUUGCAUCAGAAGAUAGUUCCGUUGCACUUGGAUUACAAAUAUUCUUUGUCAAAAUAUUAGCCUAUAUACCAGCACCAAUAUAUUUCGGUCAAUUAUUCGAUUUAGCUUGUCAAUAUCGUUCGAAUCCUGUAGAUCAGUACUAUUCAUCUAUACCGAUAGAUAAUAAUGAAUUGUUAUUAGUGAAUAGAAAUAUAUCAUCACUUAUGUCAUUACCAACAACAACUGUAUUACCAUCUUUGCAAAAUUCAUCCAUCUCAACAUCGUCGGCAUCGUCACCGUCAAUAUUGUCACCAGUGUACUCGUCGUCUUCUGCAACAACUGCCAGUACAAUGUCUUUCGAUCAAAAGUAUGCCACAACAACAACAACAACAGCUGGUGGUGGAUGUUUAGAGUAUAAUUUAGAAGGUUUACCAUUUAUUUGGCUUGGUACUGUAUGUGCAUUGAAAAUAAUCAGCUUAAUUGGAUCAACUAUUACUUGGUGGUUAGCUAAACGUCAAUUCGAUCUGACGACAAAACACAAAGAACAACAACAACAGCAACAACACCAGCAAAACCUAGAAGAUGGUGAAACAAAGAAAGAAAUGGAAAUAUCAUUAAAUGAGAAAAUUAUCCCUGAUCCAAAUAGCAUAAUCAAUAAUCAUAAAAUUAAUAGUAAUAACAAUAAUAAUAAUAAUACUAAUUCAUCUGAAUUAAUGGACUCCAUGUUAAAUGGUCAUCAAUUACAAAUUGUGUAAAUGAACAAUAGUAAAUAUAAAAUCAAUCAUCUCUUUAUCCAAGAAGUCCCAGUGUGAUGAUGAUCACAUGUGUAUGUGUAUUGGCUUUUAUACUACUUUUUCUUAUCCGAUUCUUUACUCACUUGUAAUCUCUUCAUUGAUUUGACUUUCCUCUUAUUUAUUUAUGUAACAGUUUUUUUUUUCUUUUAAAAAAAAAUGAUUUCUUUUUAAUGUAGUAGUAGAGAGUUUUGAGAGCAACAAAAAUUCUAUUCAUGUAUAUAGUUUAAAAUUGCAAAAAACUGCUUGCAUUUUACUUUACUCUACUUGUUAAUCAUGAAUUGAUGAUGCAAUAAUAAUCACCGGCUAAAUUUUAUUUACGUUCAAUUGCCGACUAAAAUCAUAUAUUUGUCAAAUUUACACACAGACACACACACACACAUUGAAUCAAUCAUGUCAAUGUUUAUUUUUACUUUUAUGCUAUACUACUUACUAGAUGUUGUAUGUUUUGAACUCGUUGAAAAUUGUGUCUCCUGCGUGUGUUAUAUCCAAAAGCGUAGAAAAAUUAUUCCAUCCAGCUUUUUGAUUUGGGUUGCAUUAUGUAUAGUCACUCUUUCAUUCAAUGAAUUUGUAUGCUUAUUUGCAAUAAAAUAUGUAUUUUUCUUAGCAA